ACUGUACGGGCGAUGACUACUUCUGUAAGGCCAUGUAUGAUCUCCUUAAGGAGGAGAACAGGCCUCCUCCUAAGGAUGAGGAGGAGGAGAACAAGCCUCUUAAGGAUGAGGAAAAAACAACUUCGCUUUCUUCAGUUUACAAGUCAUGCUUAUAUCCAUGCCAUUCCGCUUGCAAAGACACAGGAAAAACCGUCUUUGUAUGCGAAAGAGAAUGUGAAGACGAAUGUACCGGAAAGGCGUAUGGCGAGAGCAAUCUUAAGAACAAGGGCAGGCCGUCCAAGCAAUUUCCGGACGAGGAGAAGGAACUUUUUGCCUUUAAGAAAAAACAACUUGAGGAUUUUAUGGACAUGCAUUGUAAGAAUAAGCAAUGUAAGGACGACGACAAGCAAUGUAAGGCCGAUGACUGUGGAAGAAUGUAUGAGCUCCUUAGGAAAGGAUGACAAUAAGCUAGUUAAGGAUGAGGAAAAAACAACUUAAUUAAGGACGGGGUAAAAAUCCAGAAGAAUAAUAAAACAAUCUAUUAUAUUUAAUGUGAAACAUCAGGAUUUCUAUAUUUCUAUAUUUAAUUAUAAUAUGAU